AUGCAGGAGACAUAUCAAGAGGCUGUCAAGCUGCUUCGGAGCCAGACCCGGCUCGCCAAAGCGACGACCAAGCCGGACGAGCCGCGGCUCAACAUCCCCAACAACUAUGGCAUGAUCGAGUGGCUCGCGCAGUUGGGACAUACAGUAAGCAGCGACUUUAUCCGCAGCGUAGAAAUACAUCCUAAAUACCAGCACCGCUCCCAGGACCUCGAUGCACUCAACGUCAUCCACAUCACCGGGACCAAAGGCAAGGGCAGCACUGCCGCCCUAACCGCCUCCCUCCUACGGGAGCACUUUGCCCGCACCGGCCAGCGCGUGCCCGUCGGCCUCUACACCUCUCCGCACGUCCUGACCGAGCGCGACCGCAUCCGCGUGGACCUGGCCCCCGUCUCCGAGGCCGACUUUGCCUCUGCCUUCUUCGAGGUGUGGCACAAGCUCCGCGCGGAAGAAGCAGCAGACAGUAGUUACCGCCCCGGCUACCUCCAGCUCCUCACGCUGCUCUCCGUGCACAUCUUCAAGAAACGGCGCGUCGGCGUCGCCGUCUACGAGGUCCACGCGGGCGGGCGCAAGGACGCGACCAAUAUCUUCCGCAGGCCGCUCGCCUGCGGCUUUGCGCGCAUCGGCUUGGACCAUGCGGCGCUGCUCGGGCCGGGCGUCGACCGCAUCGCCUGGCACAAAAGCGGCAUCAUGAAACCCGGCCGGCCGGCCUUCACGGUCCCGCAGGACGAGGUCCCCGCCGAGGUCCUCCGCCAGCAGGCCGAAGAGAUUGGCGCGCCGCUGCACGAGGUCGUCGGUGGCGCGGAGGACUCGUCAUCGGGGGUGAGGCAGCGCGCGCAGAGGGAGAACGCAGCGCUGGCGAUUGCGCUGGCCAACGCCGCCCUGGAGGAGCGCGGGGACGAGGGGCUGUCGGAAGCGGACAUUGAGAAUGGCAUCGCGCGGUGCGAGUGGCCGGGGCGGUUCCAGUAUCUGCACAGGGACCGGGUGCACUGGUUCCUCGACGCAGCGCACAACGAGCUCAGCCUCCCGGUGGCGGUCGACUGGUUUCAGGAAGAGUCGCGGGCGGUGCGGAAGGUGCACGCAGACAGGCCCUGUCGGCGGGUGCUCGUCUUCGGGCACGCCUCGGAUCGCAGCACGGAGCGCCUCGUGGACGUGCUGCUGGAGUCUGCCUCACAGUAUGACCUGGCUUUUGACCAGGUAAUACUAUCAUCAUAUAAUCGCUACGACAUUCCGAUACCGGAAUCCGUGGCCUCGGAGCAGCUCGAGUUUUGGAAGUCGCGCAACCUCCAAGUACCGAUACAGCAUGCCAUCACUGCCGAUGUAGCCAUCGACAUGGUCAAGGAGCUGCAAAAAAGCUCGCCUAAUACGCAUUUGCAGGUUCUCAUCACAGGGUCGGCCCACCUCGUUGGCCAGUCUCUAGGCGCUCUGGGCGGCGACGAGCUCGUCAUGAGAACAUACUAG